CAAAAGUCAAAGGGUGUUGUCUUCCACGCACGCGACGAAUCCUUCUCGAGUUCCAUCCAAUCUAACGACAGUGUCUUUAUUGACACAGACUUCCCCAGUUCGCUACAGACUAGUGGUAGAUUUGUACCAAGUGAGUUUUGCGGUGGGGAAAGUCAGGAGAUGUGGUCUAGUCAUGGAAAGUUGACUACCACAGGAGCUACAGUUACUGAGAGUGGACGUGGAGCACAGUUCAAGAAGAUAAAAGAUAAACGUAGUCCAAAGGACAGUGGCUACGGAUCACGAUUGAACACCGACGAUCUACAGUCUCCGUCUCACUCCAGUUCUGAUAAUAAAUCUUCUCCCAGAAGCUUACCAUCUACAGCAAAAGGAGAGUGCUCGUGAACAAAUCGUAUCUUCAGUUCUAUUAUGUCGAUGAUUCUUCAACUCUGACCGAAGAAACACUGUCACAUGAUCCAGUCGACAGUACAACAGACAGAUUAUCAACACCAACACGAGGAAGGUAUCCCAAAGAGCCCAUGAUUCCCCGAAAAGAGCAAUCCAAAGGCACUAAAAACCAGCUUACUGUCAAGUCGAUCAAGGCCAUCAAAAGUGCCAGCUGUUCCUCACUCGACAGAAUAUCGCUGACAUCAUCUCUCGAGGAGUACGCUUCCGCUCUGGCGAAGGGGGCAAGUGGAGAGGACCCGGCCGAUGAGAAUGAGUCUCUUGGAAGAGGAAGGCUUCUCUCCGUGACCCGUUUCGAGAUACUCACAGGCAACUUGGAAACUCCGCAGUGUGCAACAAUUGUGAAAGUAACAGGGCCUUCUCCCAGUCCCGCGGCAUCCGGUCAAAAGGAGAAGAAGCAGAGAAGGCACCUGCUGAGCCGAUUCAACAUUCGCAGAUGGAAGACAAAGAGCGCAGUUGAGCCGGGAGAUCGAUCGAAAGGGGUCAUAAUGACUCAAGCUGGGCAGGCGAGAUUGAGGAAGAAGGACAGGGGCCACGGAAGGCAGAGAAUGGUUGUGAGCGACGAUUUGACGCACAAAGUGAAAUUUGCAGUCGAUGACCCAGAAAUUGCCAAGACACGAGUAGAAGCAGUUGACAGGGAUUGUCAGUUGGAAAAAUCCACAACCAAAACGUCCACGCCACCACAAACAAACACAACAGAGAAAAGAACAGGAGGGUUUAACGAAAGCAAGGUCCAUCUGAAGCACACGGACAAUCGAAAAGAGGAACUUUCUCAUUUUGCAGAGCAUGCUUCCCCCACAGAUAGGAGGUACUUAGUACAGGAGAACCACAUUGGGCCUUUUUCGGCAGAACUGAGUCAAUCUCUGGAUGGUGGUCUGUCUGACCUUAAGCACCUCGAGAUCCAGUUGAAGAAGCUCGCACAGCCGUCGCAGUCGACGACUGAUCUCGACCUGUCGCAGCGGGUGCUGGAGAUCGAAACAAGUUUGGGACUCCGAGUUUCUCACUCUAUGGAUGAUAUAAGUGAGCCGAUGGGUGCUUCUCUCAGUCAAACAAACGAUGCCGGGAGCGAUCAGCCACCCCGAGAAGGUUUCUUGUGGAGGGUGUUGGGGAGAGCCAGUCAGCGAUGGCCUGCUCUCUUACACAUUGUCCCAAUACAGAACAACCAGUCCGGAAUGAGGGGAUUUGGGGUCAGGAAGGGUCAACAGGUGCGUGCAUUGUACAGGGUUUCGGGGCAAGUCAUUGUCGAGACCGAGACCAACCACUUGGCGUGCAUCCCUUACGAGUGCUGUAGAAUCUCCAGAAAGUACUACGGCCCUGAUUCACAGCUGGUACAGCUCUGCUACACCCAGCUCUACGUCCCCGUCCCCGAUCUCCCAGCCAGUGUUGGCAAACAAUCUUCCACCACUUCAGCUAAUAGUGCUCCCUCUCCCGCAAGGCGCCUGCUUAUCCACACUCCCAUAGAAAUGGUGGCCAUUCAGGACAACUACGACCGCUUGCCACUCGGAGAAAUAAACGUCGACGCGGGCGAUAAGCUCAGGGUCCUCUACUGUGACGAAAAGAGGGUCUAUGCGGUGAAGGAAAGUGGAGAGGCUGGACUUAUAGCCAGAAAUUUCUGUCGCUUGACAAGAAAGUCGGAGAAGAUGUACCAGCAGUGGGUUGAGCUGACUCGGUCACCAUUCCAAGCAGACUACCCAGUCAAGUUUGGCGUGCAACCUCCGCUGUUUCUAUUUGAUGGUACACUCAGCGAGCUGAAGGAGGUCAGAUCAAAGCCGACAACACCAGAGGCACACAGGAAACUCCGAGUCACAGCAGCGCAGGAAGAUACCAAGGGUGCAAACAUAAAUGGCAGCGUUCAACCACCAGUUCAGGGAAGCCCUAAAAGAGGAGCCCAAAAACAUCACAAACCUCCCCCACCAACACCUCCAGGGAAACCAAGCGAGAAGACUCCAGUUUCUCCUCUCACCCAAACCGGUCUGAGAUCCCCAAUGAGUCCAGUGAGACAACUCUCAGGCCUUCGUCAACGCACACUCUCACCUACAACUGCAGAAUCGCCUGCACGUUCCUUGCCACCGUCACCACCAUCACCUUUCAAGAGAUCAGGUCUAACUUCACCACUAAAGUCCAGUUCAAGUCCUUCCAAUCUCAGGGGAGAAGAAACGCAUUUCAUAAGCCCACCAGCACAUGGGAGAGAUACUCAGCAGCAACCGUUCUCAUACUCGGGAAAGUUGAUGACAGUGGUUAGGAAUUACCGUCCAGACUUGAGCAAUGGGGAAUCUACAAUCAGAAAGGGGCUGCGUGUUAGGGUGGUUCGGUCUUCACCUGAUGGAAGGAGCCUUAGGGUUGCCACCAAAACCGGGACACAGUUCGAUAUUCCAGUCAGUCACCUCUGCAUUUCUCGAAAGAACUCAGAACCUUCUCCCUUCAGAAAUGAAGCGAGUCAUGAAGUCACACUUGUCACUAGCAGCAAUCCUCCCGAAUAUCUCCACGACACUUCAUCUGAGCAGAGUUUCAAGAGAAAGCUGCUAAUGUCACCACCAGUCCCAAACCUUCCACUGGAGUGUGGCAAGAUAAUGACAGUAAUACGCAACUUUGUGCCCUCACCCGAUGACCCCAUGGUAACGAUUCGCAGGGGACUUCGAGUUAAAAUUCUCGGUGGGCAGGACGACCAAGUAAAGGUUGUAACAAAAACGGGGACUAUGUUUAGCAUUCCCAGAAGCUACCUCCGGCUUUCUCACAAGAAUUCUGAUGCCUCCGCAUUUGCUGCUGUUGAUGCUAAUACGAAGUCUCCACCCACCUCACCGCACACUCGAAGACUCUUAAACAGCCCAGAAGCAACAGAGCUGAACGGAACAUUCACGGGCAAGGCUCCAAACCAAAGCCCACACAGUAGCCCUUCAGUAAAGAAAAAUGUUGUAUUCUUCCUUCCCUCGAUCCCCAGAUUGCACCCUCAUCACGCAAUGGUGCUCGCCAAGCGACAGUUCGUGGUGCCGAGGGAACAAUUUCUAAUGCUAACUCUCCUCGUAGGGGAUAUCGUGUCAAUAGCACGGGCAGCCAAGUAUUUGAGCUUUGUUGAGUGGUAUAUAUUCACAUGCAGGUGUUUUUUUUUUUUUGGUGCAUUCUUAUACAGCGCAUGCGCGCGCAACACACUAUGCUCGAGCACGCACACAGGAUCUUAG